GCAACCUAUCUAUAUAAUGCCUCGAACGGUUCCGGUAUGGAGCAUCUGACACCCUCGUUGGAUUUGGAUUCCACUCUUCCUCUCUAAAUCUUUUCAUCUCUACAAAACCCUAUUCGCGUCAUCCACAAUACAAAGGCUCCUUUCAUCAUUUGAAACCCUAUUUCUUCUGAUCUCCCUUAGGGUUUGUCGAUCUAACCUGGCGUUUGGUGUUUGUGGUGAGCUAGCUUGGGAUUUUACUGCAGCUAUGGCGGAGGAAGAGGUGGUGGCCCCUGCUGCCGCGGCGAGCCCUGCUCCAUUGGACCAUAAGCGCAAGCUCGAAGACGUUGUUGUGGAGUCCCAGGCUCCACAUCCCUCUCUGGACUUGAACGUGGACUCUGAACCUGCUGCUGCUGAGAAUGCUGAGGGCGACGAUAAGGACACCGAAGCAUCUGAAGCUAAACGACCUCGUAUUGAGGAUAAACCGGACGGUUUAGUGAGUGAGAAUGGACACCAGGCAGAAAAAGAAGAUGAGACUCUGGAGGGGGAAGCUGAAGAAGAACAGCCAACUGUGGAUAAUGCUGUGAUAGAAGAUGCCGAAGAUUUAUCCAAAGAAGCUCCAGAAGUGAUAAAGAAUGAGCAAGUGGAUGCCGGUAGUCAUGAGAUGGAUGAUACCCUAGAGCUGCCUGCAGAUAAUCCUCAGUUGGGUGAUGGUGACCAAGUCACAGAGGGGGAACCAAGGGAACCGUCCUCGGAGAUUCCUCAAUCAGUUGAUGUUUAUUCUGAGCAGCAGCAACCUACAUCAGAGAAUCAGACUACGUCACGUAAAAUGGAGGUCCCAAAUAAUAAGGUUGGGGUUCUUAUUGGCAAAGCUGGGGAUACCAUACGUUACCUACAAUACAAUUCCGGAGUAAAAAUUCAAAUCACAAGAGAUGCUGAUGCUGAUCCAUAUUCUGCCACAAGGCCAGUGGAACUAAUAGGAACCUUGGAAAAUAUAAACAAGGCUGAGAAACUUAUUAAGGAUGUUAUAGCAGAGGCUGAUGCAGGUGGUUCCCCUUCCCUUGUAGCUCGGGGCUUUGCAGCCGCACAGGGUUCUGGAGCUGGAGAACAAAUUCAAAUACAAGUACCCAAUGAAAAGGUUGGUCUAAUCAUUGGCAAAGGUGGGGAAACCAUUAAAAACCUGCAGACUAGGUCGGGUGCACGCAUCCAGCUGAUACCGCAACAUCUUCCUGAAGGCGAUCAAUCUAAAGAGAGGACUGUGCGAGUGACUGGUGAUAGGAAGCAGAUUGAGAUGGCCAGAGAAAUGAUAAAGGAAGUCAUGAAUCAGCCCGUGAGACAAUCGCACUCUGGUGGUUAUAACCAGCAGGCUUUUCGACCACGUGGACCAAGUGGCCCUCCUCAGUGGGGCCCUCGUCCUCAUCAUGCACAAGCAGGGCCAUAUGAUUACCAACAUCGAGGGCCGCAUGCAUCUCAGAAUCUGCAGUAUCCACAACCCGCAUAUGGAAGUUAUCCUCCACAACAGGGGGCUCCAAGAAGCAGCUUUGGUUCAGGUUGGGAACAAAGGCCUCCUGCCACAAUGCAGGGCCCUCCCCACAGUAGUGGUUAUGAUUACUAUGGGGGACCAGGAGGGGGUCACUCAGCCGGCACACCUUCUUCCAACUUUCCUGCGCAUGUUUCUGGUCCUCCUGCCUCUGCCAUGGGCACAGCGAAUUCUCAGGCAAAUUACAACUAUGGGCAACCACAUGGUACAGAUUAUGGGCAGCCAGUCCCUUAUUCUCAAACAGUACAGCAGCAGAGCUAUGGGCAUGGAUACGAAGAGCCUAAAUAUGAUAAUCAAGCUCCAGCACAUCUCUAUGGGGCGCAUGGGAGUUCUCAGCCAGGUUACCCACAGGCAGGCACUCAACCGGGUUAUGCAUCCCAACAGCAGUAUGGGAGGCCACCAUCAUCAUAUGGUAUGCACUCACAGGGACUGGCUCAACCUCAAUCUUUUGGCCCACCAAGGGCUAGUCAACCUGGGGAUGUGCCAUACCAAGGUCCCUCCCCAAGUCAAUCUUAUGGUUCAAAUGUGCCGCCUCAGCAGCAGCCAUAUCCAUAUUCAUCAAGUGGACCAAUGCAGCAAAAUUAUCCAGCCUAUGGGUCUGCACCUGCCACUGACGGAUAUCAUCAGCCCCUGCCCGCGUCUGGCCAGGGUUAUCCACAGCAAGGUACCCAACCUGUGUCAGGUUACAGUCAACAGGGUGGUCAGCCUGGCUAUGCUCAAGCUGCUGCUCAAGGGGUUUAUGGGUCGUACUCGUCUACACAGGCAGGCUACACUGAACAACUGGCUACAAAUAGUGCAGGGUAUGGAUACCAAGGGCCUGCUGAUUCUGGUUACAAUAAUAGUGGUGGCCCAACAGCAGCCUACAGCGCACCAGUAAGUGGCCAGCAGGGUUAUGCUCAAUCUGUGCCAGCGCAGCAGCCUACAUACGACCAAUCAAUACCGCAAUCAGGUGAUUAUGGAGGAUUAGCGAGUAAUGCUCCUGUUGGUUAUGGUAAAAGCUCGCCCCCCCAGCCUGGUUAUUCUCAGCAUGACUCAGCUCAGAUGUAUGGUGCACAACAUCGUUGAAAAUUUUGAUAUUCGUAGAGGGAUCUCAGCAGGCCUGGGCAUGGAUGUUAUUGUUAGCUAGUGUUAGUUUGCGUAGGCUUUUGUUGACGUUUAGUGUUUUUUUAAUUCCAUUUCCAGAUAAUCUCUUUUCCUCAAUUAUCUAAAUUUGUUGUCGAGAUGUUUCAUAUUUUGUUUUGAACCCUGCAUUUCUCUUCAUGAGUCUGAUGGUAUAAUGAACUUGUUAAGUUGGUGCUAAUAUUGAAUGGUCUUCCUCGAGUGGUUUUUCUAGCCAAA